AUGCGGUAUAGACUUCAAGCGGUUAUAUUGCUCUUGUUAUGUUUAGUAACAUUAGAAGCUAAGGAACCUGAGCUGCCAUUAUGUCCUACCAACAUACAAUUUUUUCCUCAAAAUCUUCCUAUGCAUUGUCGAAUGCCAGUUACUUCUCCUCCAAUAUCAGGUAAAUCGAUGGAAUAUUUUCGUAUGCCAGGUUUUCCUGGUGCCCUACCCGGGCCAAUGCAAGGCAUGAUGCCAGGACCAAUGCCAAUGAUGCCACAACCACCAGCACAUAAGCUUCCAGUUGUUGUUAUGCCAAUGUAUUCUCCAGAAAGUAAAAACUCACAAGGUAUACACUCGUUUAGACUACGGCAUAAAAAACACAGACUUGGUUUUAAAAGAAGACCUAAGCAUUAUUAUCAUUCUGAUGAAGAUAGCACGGACGAUGAUACGUCUUCAGACGAUUCCUCAGAUACAUCCACAGAAUUUGGUCGCAGGAAAAUAUCAAGAAAUGGUAGACGGUCAAACCGCCGGAGGUCUAAAAAAAAGAAACACCAGAAUAAAGACCUACUUACGCCUGUACUGCAAUAUGUGACAAAAGAUGGAUACGUCAUAUUUGAAAAACAGAUAUCUAAAGACGAAGCUAAGAAUUGGUUAGGGAAUAAAAAGGUAGAUAGUAAUAAGCAAAGCAGACAGCCCAAAAAUGAUGACAACCAAGAUUCUAGAGAAUCCAGAGAUGAUAAUGGCGGUACAAAAAUAUUAAAAAGAGAGGAAGAUAAUAUUGAAGUAAAAAUUCAAGGUAAUCCUCAAUUUCAUCAGAAGAAAGUUCCAAAACGUAAGCCUCCAAAGAAACAUGAAGCAGAAUAAAU